CACGGUUCUCCUCCUUUCAGGAGGGGAAAACACAGACACAAUGAAUCGUCGACUCCCAGGAGAACAUGGGAAGUUAAAGGGAAGUGGGGGGGGAAGACGAAAAUCGAAAAAUAUGGAAACAGAGGGAAUCCUGGGAUCUUUGUGUAUCCAUCUUUGUGUGUCCUUGGCCCCGAGGUGGUGGACGCGGGGCCAGACGGCGAGGGCUCCUGAGACGGACCCGCGGCCGCGCCUCGGCCUGCCUCGCGCCGCGCUGCCGAAGCCGCACAGCCCGGCCCAUCCUCCCCAGACCUCUGCGUCUUCGAGCAAACGCGCUCUUGCCCACCCUCCGCAGACCACUUCGUCUCCGAGCGCAGAGAUUCGAGCUCUGAGGCUUUCGAGCGCUUUCUCGUUGGCUCCCGGCGGCGCUCCGGCCUCGGAGCCCCUCCCGUGCGGCAUGCGCCAUCUCCGGGAGCGCUCUAUACGGAGGUUCCUGCGGGUCCUCCCGAGCAGCCGCCGGAGACCUGGGGAACCCGCUCCGGAGAGGAGCAACGAAGCCAACGAGUACGUGGAGAUUUCGGGGAACGGACCGCUCCGCUCUGGAGGGCCAGGGGGCGAGGGCCACGACCGCAGGGCCCUCGCUCGGCCACAGACUGGUAGGGCCCUGCGGGUGCGCACCGUGGUCUCGCCCUGCGCGGUCUUAGGCGUGGAGCAAAACGCAGAGGUCCGCAGCAUAAAGAAGGCGUACUACAACAUGGCCCGCGACUGCCACCCGGACAAGUUCCCGGGAGACGAGGCCAUGCGAGCGCGCUUCCAGGAGGUCGCCGAGGCCUACCAGACGCUGGCGGACCCCGUGCGCCGGCAGCAGUACGACCUAGGACCGGAGACGGGGCCUCGCGGCGCUGGCCUACCUGAAGACCAACGCCACCCGGCUCUUCGGGCCCCCGCCGUGGCGCGUGAUGAUCGGGAGAACAGGACACCACUGGAUGUGGGAGCCGGACCAGCGCGAGUACACGAUCAGCAUCAUCGCGGGUGCCAUCCCAAAUGGGAUCGCUGGCGUGACUGUCCAGGUAGUGUGCGACGCGAUCGAGGAGGCCCGGAGACGGGGGAGAGGGGAGCUGGUGGGAUCGUCCAGUCGGAGCAGGCCAAGGACACGGUCGCGGAGAUAGAGGAGUUCGGGCUCGCCGUCAAGGCCGGGCCCAUAGAGGACGAGCGGGAGGGCGAGCAGGAGUCCCCGCUGCAGUACUUCAGGCGCAUCCAGCGCGAGCUGGGCAUGGCCGCCGAGUCGCUCCGAUCGGCCGCGAUCGAGGUACCUUUAGAUUUCACUGCGCAGAAGAAUCCGGAUGAAGACUUGGACAAGUGGAUCGAGACGGCGCGGGCCGGGCCCCGCUCGCCCCGCGCGGAGCAUGGCGCCCGGGCCGCCCCGACGGACAGCGGGCGGGGCGCGGAUCGCAGCGGCGGGGCCGGCGCCGGAGCCGCGGUGGCGGCGGCCGAGCCGUCGGCAGACGGCGCCCGCGUGGCGCCGCGGGAGGAAGACAACGGGAGGCAGGAGGCGCUCGUCGCUGCUGGCCGCUUGCAGGGCUCCUCCGAGAGCUCCAACGACACCGGCGGCAGCGUCGGCUCGCUGAGGUCUUUUGGGUCUUUGGGGAGCGAUUUCCUCGUCGGCACGCCCGGCAAGUGGAUCGGCACCGAGGCGCAGAACAGAAGAUUGGAGAGCGGCUCCGUGGUCUUGCAGAGGCUGAGGCAGUUGCAGGAGAGCUACAGGGACAAGGACAAGGAGGUGCCGUGGAUCAAGACGACCCAGGCGGACCUCUUCUUCGGCGUCCUGAUACUCGCGUACGCCAUCCUCACAGGCGUCGACGUGCAGAUCCAGGUGGUGCCUUAUCACGUCUCCGCUGGCCUGGCGGUGUUCCUGGAGGUGUUUCAGGGUCUCUUCGUGCUGGCCUUCAUAGUCGAAUUGGCGCUGCGCAUCAGGGUGGACUCAUGGCGAUACUGCAUCACCAAGAUUGGUGCGUUUGACACGAUCAUCGUGUUCUUGGGCGCCCUGGAGGUGAUCUUCAAGGCCACCGGGAUUGAUUCGAUCGUGGCGACCGCGAUCCCGAUGCGGCUGUUUCGGCUCCUGCGGCUUGUGCGCAUCAUUCGCGCCAUCUCCGUCUGCAGGGAGCUCAAGCUGCUGUUCAUGGGCCUUGUUGGAUCACUGUCCGCCGUCUUCUGGUCCAUGGUUCUGCUGCUGAUGCUGAUCUACCUGGGCACGCUUCUGUGCGUAAUCUUGCUGGGCAAGGUGCCAGAGCUGCACCAGUACUUCGGCUCCGUCGGGUACGGGCUCUUCACGCACUUCAUGCUGGCGACGCUCGAGGCUUGGCCAGAUAUUUCCGACGACACGAUGGAGGCAACUGGAGAACCCAUGUGGGCAGUGUACUUCAUCGUUUUCGUCUGCCUGUCAAGCUUCGCCCUCAUGAAUUUGGUCACAGGAGUCAUCUGCGAAAAGUUGUUGGUAGCGGCAUCCACCUCGGAUGACGAUGAUGAUAACGAAAACCCGACAAGAAAGUUGGAGUGCUACCAGAAGGCGUGCGAGGAGGCCCGCGAGGCGCUCCGCCCGAUCUUCGUCGAGGCCGACAGAGAUGACAGCUCCUUGAUGAACUGCGAGGAGUUCUGCGCAAUGGUCGAGCUGGACACCACGAAGGCUCUGUUCAAGCAGAUGGACAUCCUCCCCGACCUGGAGGGGCGCCAGAUGUUCGAGAUCAUCGACGAAUCCAAGAAGGGGGACCUGUCGUUCGACGAGAUCGCGGAAGGCCUGCUCAGGCUGCGCGGCUCGCGCAUGCAUCCGCACUCCAUCAUGCUGCAAAGGGACAUAGUCCGCUGCAAGCAGCGCGAGCUGAAGUGCCUGGCGGACCUUCAGUCUGAAGUCGACUGCCAGAUCGAGAGUGACCUCAAGAGGGUGCACGUCGCCAUCUCGCGCGAGACGGACGAGGUUAUGCGAUUGCUGGAGGCGGCAGUCGCGCCGCCGGCGCAGGCACCGGCGCAGUCGAGCUGGGGCGAGGAGGUGGAGCGACUUGAGGCCCUCAUCGACAAGUUGGACGGGAUGCACGCCUCCGCAAAGGCCCUUGUGGCGGACGGCACGGCGGCCCCAGCGCAUGCCGUGCCGGUUGCUUGCCUCGGCACACAGACCGAGUGGGACGAGUCGCAUCAGGGCCAGGCGGCGGCGGCCGAGCCCGUCGCGACGCAUGACGUCACCACAGGCGCCCGUGAUGCCGUCUGUGUGAGCCCAGCGCCUGCCAUGCUGCACUCAGCGACACGGGCCCCGCCGUUGGGCACGACGCACUACGCGACGGCGACCACCGCGGCGACCACCGCGGCGCCCCCGAUGCACCCCGAGCAGGCGCCCGCCCUCGUCACCAACGUGGGGCCCACCGCCGUGGCGCCCCCGCCGCGCCGCGCGGAGGAAGCCUCGCUGGGCGGCGCGGGGGAGGCCCCGCCGAGCAGCCCUGCCGCAACGCCCCGGCCGAGCAGCGACGGCGCGACGGCCGCGGCGGGGUGCCGCGAAGGCGGCGACGCGGCAGCCGACUCGCUGGGCAGCGCGGCCUCGACGGAGGCCAACAAUGGUCUGGGCGAGCCCGGGGAGCACCGUGAACCGGCCGUGGCUGCGGCACUCGGAGCACCCGCCGCGCCGCGCUCGGAGUCCAGGGCGCCGUCCGGCGACGCGGCCUCGAGUCAGAGCGGUACGCUGCCGCUUCCGCCCUCCAACGCCGCCUCUCCCGCCGGCGCGAGCACUGCUGCCGCUGCCGCCAUCGCCGCCCAGGAUGGCAGCCAGGGCGGGGCAUUGCCCGCGGAGCUCAGCGGUGGCAUCGGCGCUCGAGGGGCCGCGGAGGGCGGCGCGGUCGACGCCGAGGGCGAGACGUGGGUGUGCCCCCUGUGCACCCUCGAGAACAGCACGCUGCUGCCCGCCUGCGAGGCGUGCGACGGAGCGCGCCCAGUGCCCCAGGGAGCGUAGGGGCAGAGGCCAGCGGGGGAGGAGGAGCAGGCGGAAAAGGAGCAGGAGGAGUGCCCCGCGUGCGCCCUCGAGAGCCGCGCGCUGCUGCCAGCCUGCGAGGCAUGCGACGGGCCGCGCCCGGUGUCCCAGGCAGCGUAAGGGGGCAGCGGCCGGCGGCGCCGCGCCGGCGGUCGGCCUGCGCUGCCUCGCCGCGCCGGGCUGCUGUCGGCGUCGGUCGGGCGGGGCCGACGGCAGGCACAGGAGUCAGGGCCGGCGGCAGGCACUGCGAGGGGAGGGAGGCGAAUCGAGGCCUCCUGGGUGAGCUCUGAGUAAUUUGGGUCGGAGGACUUACUCCUCGUCCUCCUCCUCCUCCUCCUCCUCCUCUGCCCCCUCCUCCUCCUCCCCCUCCUCCUCCCAGGUGGGGUCGGAGGACCGCGCCGCAUCGCCGAUGCAUCGCUGGCGCGGCUGUCUGUGGAGCCCGA